AAAGUCUCCCCGCCUCCACUCUGCGGACUGUCGCAUACUUCAGCGGCGUCAGCGGCUGAUAAAUCUUCUUGUCCCUUGUAAAGCCCAAUAAGUUCAGCCGUGUUCCCAUCUUUAACCCGGGUACUCUACUCAUCUUCACCUACUCCACUCAACUUCCGUUGCAAAAUACAUUUGCACAACCCCACUACAGAGGAGCACGAGUAUCAACAGUUGCGGGUAGCACGAAAAAACACAAUGGCACCAUUCAGCACCUUCUUUGGAGCAGCGCUCCUCCUCGCAUCAUCAGUGAGCGCACACUACUCGCUUCUUAUCCCGAAGCCAUUGGGCACCGAUGACGAGCAACAAGGUUCCGGACCUUGUGGCGGUUACACCCCAGACUUCUCAAAGAAUACCGUGUCGGAUUUCCACGUCGGCGGCAGCAAUGUAGGCAUGCGCCUCGGCCACCCGCAAGCCACUUGGCUUUUCCGCGGCACCCUGGACAAGACUGGCCAGAACAACUGGACUCAGCUGUUCCCUCAUGUCACACAGAGCGGGCUGGGCAACUUCUGCGAGCCUAGCAUCCCGGCGCCCGAGAGCUGGGCUGGCAAAGAAGGCAUAAUUGGCGUUGUGGGCAAGGCUGAGGAUGGACUGUUGUUCACUUGUGCCGCCGUCAAGUUCGUCACUGGUGUCGCCACCCUCGACAGCAGCAACUGCAAGAACGGGUCUGCCGAGGCCCAGCUGAACGGCCAGGAUUCUCAGCUCGCCCCGCUCGCAACCCUACCAUCAGGCAACAACACUUCUGGCACCGGCACCGGCACCGGUUCCGGUUCCGGAUCUGGCACAAGUAACGGCGGUGGCGCAGCUACGACCGAUAAGCCGAAGAACGCUGCCGGCGUGCUGUCGCCCAACUUUUUGGCGGUAGCUGCUGUGGCCGGAUUGGGAUUUGCGAGCGUGUUGUAAUUGGAUGGUGGCUUUCCCGCAGUUUUUUUUUUUUUUUUGGAAAAGGGACUAAUUUGAUGGUGAGGGGGAUUUUAUGGCCUUCAUGUACAUGUUUACGCAUACUGUAGCCCAUUGCGAACCCUUGUGCGGCACUUCGAAAAUGCGAUGAUAUUAUCAAUUGAACCCACGCAAAUGACUUACUGCUG